GAGGGAGAGACAGACAGACAGAGAGAGAGAGAGAGAGAGAGAGAGAGAGAGAGAUCUCUUCUACCUGUCUCGUGCACGACACAACUCGCAGCAAUGCGCGCGGAUCGGCGCCGAUUCUUCUCUCCGUUUUGCAGAUAGAGAAAAAGAGAGAAAGAGGAGAGAAGCGAGCAUGGACUGCCUUCAUCAUCUCCUCAUCUUCCUCAUCUCCUACUUCUUCACCUGCGAAAUUUCUUCACCUGUGCGCGUGCUGUGGCUCGGGAGCGUUCUGAAGACUCUGCAGCUAUGCUUGUCCGUGUCAUCAGUCUCAGCUUCUUCCACCAGCGGCCUCGAUCACGAUUACAUGUUCAUCACCCCGGUGGAAGUCGACUCUCUCGGAAGCUACAUCACUCACGACUUGUCCGGGUCGAGGCACCGAACCCGAAGGUCGCUAGGAGAAGGUGGAGGUCAUGUGCACUACCGUCUCUCUGCCUUCGGAAAGGAGUUACACUUGGAGCUGCGGCCCGCUAGCGUGAUCGGCGAGGAGUUUACGGUACAGACGCUGAGUGAGGGCGGAGUCAGGGUCACACGCAUCGACCCCGAGGUUCGGAACUGUUUCUAUCAGGGCAGCGUGAGGAACCACACGGGUUCUACUGCAGCUGUUUCCACCUGCACAGGACUGUCAGGUCUGAUCCGGAUGUCGAGUGAGGAGUUCUUCAUCACCCCUCUACCCAAACAUUUGGCAUUGGAGCACAACUACAGCGCCCCUGCUGGACACCAUCCACACGUCAUUUACAAACGCUCAGCAGAACGGCGUGUCCACAGCGACAGAACAGAUAGAUCAGACACGUAUCACCACAAUCACCACCACCACCACCAUCAUAAUCAUCAUCGUCGUCGUCAUGACUACCAGCAUGGGAAGUUCCAGAGGCAACACUUCUGUGGGCGCCGCAAGCAAUACACUCCUAAGCCCCCUGCAGAGGAUCACUUUGUAAUGCCUGAUGAGUUUGAGCCUCCAGGCCGGAUAAAGCGAUCACCGAUCUCGUCUAAUAAAGCCGGAGCUCUGAAUGUGGAAACUCUGGUGGUGGCCGACAGGAAGAUGGUGGAGAAACAUGGGCGGGAAAACGUCACCACCUACAUCCUCACCAUCAUGAACAUGGUCUCCGGCCUGUUUAAAGACGGCACCAUCGGGUCAGAUAUCAACAUCGUGGUGGUCAGCCUCCUCCUGCUCGAGCAAGAGCCAUUGGGUCUCUCCAUCUCUCACCAUGCUGAUCAGACCCUGAACAGUUUCUGUCAGUGGCAGUCAGGGCUGAUGGGUAAAAACGGCAAGAGACACGAUCACGCUGUUCUCCUCACAGGCCUCGAUAUCUGCUCAUGGAAGAAUGAACCAUGUGACACCUUGGGCUUUGCCCCCAUCAGUGGGAUGUGCAGUAAAUAUCGCAGCUGCACCAUAAACGAAGACACUGGGCUGGGCCUCGCCUUCACCAUCGCACAUGAGUCAGGGCACAAUUUCGGGAUGAUCCACGACGGAGAGGGGAACCCCUGCAGGAAGGCGGAGGGGAACAUCAUGUCUCCUACUCUGGCGGGGAACAACGGCGUGUUCUCCUGGUCGUCCUGCAGCCGCCAGUACCUCAACCGCUUCCUGGGCACAGCUCAGGCCUCGUGUUUGGUGGAUGAGCCGAAGCUGAUUGGUCAGUAUAAAUACCCCGAGCAGCUCCCGGGGCAGAUCUAUGAUGCAGACACUCAGUGCAAGUGGCAGUUCGGCUCCAAGGCUAAGACAUGCAGACUCGACUUUGUCAAGGAUAUCUGUAAGUCGUUAUGGUGCCACCGGGUGGGGCAUCGGUGUGAGACCAAGUUCAUGCCCGCUGCUGAGGGGACGACAUGCGGACCGGACAUGUGGUGUCGUAAGGGGCAGUGUGUGAAGUUCGGGGAUCACGGGCCAAAGGCGGUUCACGGUCAGUGGUCAGGUUGGUCCAAUUGGUCAGAUUGCUCCAGAAGCUGCGGGGGCGGAGUUAUGUAUCAGGAACGCUCUUGCAACAGUCCCAGGCCGCAGCACAGUGGGAGAUUCUGCCAGGGUUCGAGUCGUCUGUACCAGCUGUGUAACACGGGGGCGUGUCCGCGUGACGCCGCGAGCUUCCGAGCGCAGCAGUGCGCCGAGUACAACAGCAAACCGUUCCGAGGCUGGUUCUAUAAAUGGAAACCUUACACCAAAGUGGAGGAUGAAGAUAUCUGUAAGCUCUACUGCAUCGCAGAAGACUUUGAUUUCUUUUUUGCGAUGUCCAGCAAGGUGAAGGACGGCACGCCAUGCUCCGAUCUCACGCCGGACGUCUGUAUCGACGGGGUGUGUGAGGUGGUGGGAUGUGACCAGGUUUUGGGCUCCGGUGCUGCUCUGGACGUCUGCGGCGUGUGUAAAGGAGACAAUUCCACCUGCAGACUCUUCAGUGGCCACUACAACUUACAGCAUCAAGCCAAUGAGUACUACCCGGUGGUGACGGUUCCUGCAGGAGCUCGUAGUGUCCGUGUCCAGGAGCUGGAGAUCUCCAGCAGUUAUCUGGCGGUUCGAGGACAGAAACGCGGCUCUUAUUUCUUGACGUCUGAUUGGACGGUGGACUGGCCAGGAAAAUUCAACUUCGCCGGAACCACGUUUGUGUAUCGGCGCUCGACUAAUCAACCUGAGAGCCUGUACACGCCGGGACCGACCAAUCAGACGCUCGUAUUUGAGAUCCUCGUCCAGGGUAAAAACCCAGGGGUGAUGUGGGAAUACACACUUCCUCUACAGGAAAAAAAACACACCUACACGUGGAGAGUGAUCCGAUCGGACUGCUCCGCCUCAUGUGCAGGAGGUCGUGUGUCGGUGAAGGCUGUGUGUGUGCAGGAUGAACAGGUUCAGGUGAACUCCUCACUGUGUGACCCUCACAGCAGACCUGCUCUGGCGUCUCAGCUCUGUAACACACAGCCGUGUCCAGCCAGCUGGUCAGUGAGUAGAUGGAGUGCAUGCAGUGUAUCGUGUGGAGCAGGCCAACAAAGUCGCACCAUCCGCUGUCUCAGGAAGGUGAUGUACCAAAGGGAGGAGUUAUCUCUGCCCUCCACCUGCCCUUCACCUGUUCCGGCUCACACGCAACCCUGCAACACACACUCCUGCCCUCCGGAAUGGGGUACCGGCUCCUGGUCACCGUGCUCGAAGACAUGUGGGCGUGGUGUGAGGACACGGAGUGUGUUCUGCCACAGUGUCAGUCCCCUCUCUGGUGCGUCUGUUCUCCAUGACAGCUUGUGUGAGCUCCAGCUGAAGCCCAAAUCUCAGGAGAGCUGUGUGAUGAGCCGCUGCCCUAAAAACGAGCGGCUGCAGUGGAUCACCACCAACUGGGGAGAGUGCUCCGUUUCCUGUGGUGGAGGUGUGAGGAAUCGAGAGCUGCAUUGUGCAGAGAGAGACUCUAACGGAGGAUUUACAGAAUUCCCCAUCAGAAGGUGUAGAAAUCUCCGGAAACCCCACACUGACCUCAAGCAGGCCUGUAAUAAAGCGCAGUGUCCCGACCUGCAGCCCCACCUCCCUCCACCCGGCCUGGGGAGAGCGAGCGGUGCUAUGACGCUCGGCUGGUACUCAUCACCAUGGCAACAGUGUACAGUGUCGUGUGGAGGUGGGGUGCAGACACGCAGCGUUCAGUGUCUGCGACACGGCCGACCCUCGUCAGGAUGUUUAACACACCUCAGAUCCGUCAGCUCCAGAGCCUGUAACACACAUUUCUGCCCUCCACCAGGACUGACACCAGGACCUGCUCUCAAAGGAGAGAAUUCAUGUGUCGACUACUUCACCUGGUGUCACCUGGUUCCUCAGCACGGCGUGUGUAACCACCGGUUCUACAGCGAGCAGUGCUGCAGGUCGUGUUCAGUCAAGAAGCUGUAGAGGAUUUCCCAUGACCACCCUCUCUGACUCCACCCACAUGACCCAAACUGGAUUUGGGGAGGAAAAUAAAACGUACAAAGAAAUGGACAAAAAAAAGAAAGCAAGAGGUGUGGAGGCCUGGUUCUUCCUGAAGUACUUGAUGGGCAAAAACACUCUGGAGAAAUAAACAGCUCCGUGUUUGUGCUAAAACUGUGGAGAAGUUGGGUUUAUGCCUGGACGUUCUGUACUGGACGUUAUUCCUGUAAACUGAUAUUUUUUAUUUUAUUUUUUUGUGAUGAUCAGAAGCAAAUGUUCUGCUCAGUUUAUAUUUUUAUUGUAUAAAUGACUCGCUUCCUGAGAAGUUUAUUUUUACACGAGGAUGCACCGAGCUGAUACUGACUGCAUUUGUCAUCGAUCUGGACCAUACUUUUUUUAUUUUAUGUUUUAAAAAAAAAACACUAUUUAAUUACGUUUAUAUUAAAAAUAUCGAAAUUUACUAAAUGGUAGGAGAAAUAGAGUACAGAGCGUAGAUUAAACCACAAACUAGCUUUUCUUUUCAUUUCUUCAUUUCUCUUCAUGUACUGCCUAGUAUUAUAGCUUAGCUACGUUAGCUAACCUACCUAAAUGUUAAUGCUAACACAAACAAUUUUAUUUUGUAAAUGUUUAUUCAGGGGAAGAAUUAAUUUUACUGUAAAAUCUUCUAUUUUGCUAGCAGACAGGUAAUAGCAUUGUUAGAUACACAAAUAUAUAUAUAUAUAAAUCUAUAAAAUGUUAGCCAACUUGGCUAAAUAGGCACCUAAGCAAUUAUCCACCUGACUAGUUAGCUAACGUUAAUAUCACAUGUCCAGAAUUUGUAAAGUAAGCUAAUAAAGCGUCUAAUUGUUCUAGCAAGCUAGCUCGCUUUCAUUAAAUAAUGUAAUUGGAUAAUUAAAAAAAAAUCAUUUUUAAUGAUAGCAAGCUAAUUAAUAUGAGGCUAAAUGUUAUAUUCUGUGAGUAUCAAGGCCUAGGACUAGCAUGCUAGCUAACAUGAGGUAACGUUUUUUUCUAAUGAAGUUCAGAGGAAAGCUAAGCUAGGAAACGUUCAAUAAGUUAUUGUGAUGAUGCGAUACGAUGCUUUUUUUCAAUUGCAGGAUGAGGGAAAAUUAGCAACACACACACAGACACACACACAGACACACACACAGACACACACACAGACACACACUGCAACUGCCUUUAUUCAUUAUUAAAGUGGAAGAAGGUCAGUAUCAGCUCUUGGCUUCCAGCUGACCCUCAAAGCUUUGAAUAGCUAGUGUCCUGUGUUCACACUCGCUACAUGACAAAUCCCUCGCGCUGCUUGUAGCUACUGCUCCCGUUGUCACAUGUGGGCGUGGCCUAUCUGGCUUUUCCUGUAAGCAGCAGUAGUAGCUACAAAUAGCUUCUAAAGCUAAAUCAUUCCAAAUAAACA